AUGGAAUAUUUGAAACCAACCUGGUACCAUGAAGUCCUGCUACUAGGGGCUUUGUCUGCGUUAUCAACUUUGCGCGAGUCUCCUGUGCAGACCAUAGCUCGAUACCUUCUCACUGUUGCAGUCGCAAGGCAUCUCGCCAAAGGCAUCUACAAUGUCUUCAUCUAUCCAUACUUCUUUUCACCGUUAAGGCAUCUACCCGGCCCCAAGGAUCAUCACUUCUUGCUCGGCGAUCUGAUCAACCAGGCACGCUCUGGAAACCCCAUUGAGCCGUACCUUUCGUGGACAAGAAAGUGGCCGAAUGAGCCUUUCAUUAAAUUUACUGGUUUUGGCAACGCCGAUUGUUUGCUCAUCAACAGCCUUGAGGCCUACAAAGAGAUUUUCCAGACGAAGAGUUACUCCUUCGUCAAGGCUCAAUUCAAUACCAGAGUCAUUGUCCAGGUCACGGGCACUGGCAUGGCCUUUGCAGAGGGUGAUGCGCACAAGUCUCAAAGAAAGCUGUUGUCACCCCAGUUUGCGCUUAGCAACGUGAAGAGAGCAAUUCCGCUCUUCAAGAGCAAAGGAAAGGAGCUCAUUGAGCACUUUCACCACCAAAUCAAGUCUCAAGAUGGCAUCACGGAUGUUUCUUCUGCCUACGGCCGUGUCACACUUGAUAUCGUUGCGUGGUUCACUCUUGGAAUCGACCUUGAGAGUACCUUGUCGACCUCGCUGUUCCACGAAGCCUACCACAAGAUGUUCGACCCCUCGGCUUUUGGUGCAUUUCUCAUGGUCAUGAACGCCUACAUCCCUGGAACACGAGCACUUCCGUUCGAAGAGAACCAGGAAUUCAAUGCCUGUAGCGAAAGUGUUCGUUCGAGACUGAAAGAAAUCAUCCAGCAACGUGUGAAAGAGAUCGAUUCGGGCUUGAUUGAUGUUAGCGAGAAGCCCGAUCUUCUGACACACAUGAUCUUGGAGUCGCGAGCCAUCGGUGACCCAUGGUCUGAGGCUAAGAUUCUUGAGAACUCCAUGAACGUCUUGGUUGCUGGGCAUGAGACUUCAGCAACGACAUUGACCUGGGCAUCCCAUACCUUCACUCUUUACCCGCAUAUUCAAGAAAGAGCUAGAAAGGAAGUCCUCGACCUAUUGGCAAGGAAGCCUGAUCCGGACUAUAUGGACCUAGACAGCCUACACUACAUCGACAACAUCAUCAAGGAGACUCUUCGAUUCUACGCACCUGGUGUCCUGGCAGCAAGAGAGCCCGUCAACGACAUCGACGUCUGCGGGACUGUCUUGCCCAAGGGCACAUUAUGCUACCUCUUCCCGGCUUUGGUUACUCGAAGCUCUCGUAUCUGGGGUGAGGACGUGGAUGAAUUCAACCCGGAUCGUUGGGACCGACUCACUGGCGAGGCCACUAACCCUCAUUCGUUCGCAACGUUCUUGGUUGGGCCCCGACAGUGCAUUGGCAAAGUGUUUGCUUUGUUGGAGAUCAAGGUCCUUCUUGUGGAGAUGCUGAGCAACUUCAAGUUCGAAGCUGCCGUGGAUCCUAAAGACAUUAAACUUGUGAACCCCAGCCCUGUUCUGAGACCGCAAGGUGGUUUGAAGAUCAAGAUUCUUCCUAUUGAAAGGACCUGA